UCCCUGGGGUCUCCUGCCACUCUGAGACUGAUGGCUCAUGGGAAUGUGGGCCCUGUCCACUGGGUUACCAUGGAAAUGGCUCUGUCUGUGAAGACCAGGAUGAAUGUAUGUUGCAGGGUGUGUGUGUGACCGAGUGUGUGAACACAGACCCAGGGUUCCACUGUCACCCCUGCCCCCCCCGAUAUCACGGCAACCAACCCUACGGUCUCGGACUGGAAGACGCCAACAACACAAAACAGGUCUGUGAGCCCCACAACCCCUGUAAAGAUAAUACACACCGUUGCAGUCAGCAUGCGGAGUGUGUGUACCUGGGCGUGGCGUCUGAAACUGUGUAUCGGUGUGUGUGUGGUGUUGGCUUCGCUGGGGACGGCUUCCUGUGUACUGAAGAUUCUGACCUAGAUGGCUGGCCCAAUCAUAUCCUUCCCUGCCACCACAACACAACCUACCACUGUCUACAGGAUAACUGCCCCGCCCUGCCAAACUCCGGACAGGAAGACCUUGACAAUGAUCGCCUUGGAGAUGCCUGUGACCCUGAUGACGACAACGACAAUGUCUUAGAUGAGAGGACUGAUACAGACAGCAACGGAGAGGGAGACGCCUGCAGUAUCGACAUGGAUGGAGACGAGAUGCUGAACGAGCAUGAUAACUGUCCCUUGCUGUAUAACACUGAGCAGAGAGAUACAGACCUGGACGGAGUGGGGGACCAAUGUGACAACUGUCCUUUCGUGCACAACCCUACACAGACUGAUUCAGACAGUGAUCUGGUUGGUGAUCACUGUGAUGAUAAUGAGGAUAUAGAUGAGGACGGUCAUCAGAACUCCCUCGACAACUGUCGCUACGUUGCCAAUAGCAACCAGGUUGACCAUGACAGAGAUGGCAUUGGCGACGCCUGCGACCAUGAUGAUGACAACGAUGGGAUCCCUGAUGACCGUGACAACUGCCGACUUGUGCCGAACGCUGACCAAAUAGACGCAGACAAUGAUGGUCGUGGUGAUGCUUGUAAGGAUGACUUUGAUAAUGACAGUAUACCAGAUGCACUAGAUGUUUGCUCAGAGAACAGUGGUAUUGGAGUUACAGACUUCAGGAAGUUUCAGACGGUUCUGUUGGACCCUCGGGGGACCACUCAGUCUGACCCUCUGUGGGUGGUCCGAGGACACGGAACCGAACUGCUACAGACUGCAAACUCUGACCCUGGCAUCGCCUUGGGUUUUGAUGAGUUCCGUGCGGUAGACUUCAGUGGGACAUUCUACGUGAACACAGACCGUGAUGAUGACUAUGUAGGGUUUGUGUUCUCCUUCCAGUCCAGCAGACGGUUCUACGUUGUCAUGUGGAAACAGGUCAGCCAGGCUUACUGGGAGAAGAGUCCUUCCAGGGCAUUUGGGAACGCUGGUGUCUCUCUCAAAGUGGUCAACUCAAGCUCAGGCCCUGGGGAGGCCCUCCGCAACGCUCUGUGGCACACAGGAAACACCAUACAGCAGGUUCGCACACUGUGGCACGACCCCAACAACAUGGGCUGGAAGGACUACACUGCCUACCGCUGGCACCUCAUCCACCGACCCAAGACCGGCUUCAUAAGGUACUUAACCUCCAACCCAUAACACAAACCCUAACUCUAACCCUAACCCUAACCCUCUAACCCUUACCCUAACCCUAACUCCAACCCUUACCCUAACUCUAACCCUAACCCAAAAAAGGCCCAUAGGCCCAUAGGCCAAAAAGCCAC